CAUAACGAAAGAUAAAUAAAAUCCAGAAUCAACUGUAACAAGGCAAAGCAAAAACAUGAAAAUUCCAAAACCCGUAUCUCCGUUUAGGCUCUCCUCUCUUCUCCGCAGCCAAAAAAACCCAAUCCUAGCAUUCGACCUUUUCAAAAACCCAAACCCAAACCUUAAACAUACCGACAAACCCUUCCGUUACUCCCUCCUUUCCUAUGACCUCAUCAUCACCAAGCUCGGCCGCUUCAAAAUGUUCGAAGAAAUGGAGCAAGUUCUUCACCGACUCAAAAACGACACGCGGAUACUCCCAGAGGAGAUCAUUUUUUGCAAUGUCAUGAAGUUUUAUGGCCGGGCAAAGUUACAUGAACGUGCGUUGAAACUGUUCGACGAAAUUCCUCUGUAUCGUUGCCCCAGGACAGUAAAGUCUAUGAACUCGUUGUUGCAUGCGCUCCUGUUGAGCCGAAAGUUUGAUGAAAUGAAGGAAUUGUUUUCGCGUAUGGAAAAAUACGCCCGCCCGGAUACUUGUACUUAUAAUAUAUUGAUCAAUGCUUGCUGUUUAAAUGAGCGUUUAGACGAUGCUUGGAACCUGUUUGAUGAAAUGCAGAGGAAAUGUCUGAAGCCAACUAGUGUGACAUUCGGGACGUUGAUUAAUGCACUCUGCAUGGAGCUGAAGAUAAAUGAAGCGUUCAAGUUGAAAGAAGACAUGGUUAGGAUUUACAACGUACAGGUUACUACUUUCAUUUAUGAGGUGAUGAUUAAAGGACUUUGUAGGAUUGGUGAGUUGACUUUGGCUUUUAGGCUUAAGGAUGAAAUGAUCACAAAAAGAUUCAGAUGGACUUCGGUUAUAUACAAUAAUCUACUUAGUGGGCUUUUCAAGUCUGGGAGGCAGGAUGAGGCAUUUAGGGUCUUUGAGGAGAUGGAUUCAAAUGGGAUUCAACCAGAUACAAUAACAUACAACGUGAUGAUCAACCAGUUUUGUAAGGUGGAAGAUUUCGAAUCGGCUUACAGAGUGCUUAAAGAAAUGCCUGAUAAAGGGUGUAAACCAAAUGUUAUUACUUACAACAUGUUGAUUGCCAUGUUAUGCAAAGAUGGGAAAUGGAGUGAAGCAAAUGAUUUAUUCGAAGACAUACCGAGACAGGGGUGUAAGCCUGAUGUUGUGUCCUAUAGGACUGUUUUCGAUGGGCUUUGCGGUGGAUCGCAGUUGGAGAAAGCAGCAUCCAUUUUGGAUGAAAUGAUUUUCAAGGGCUAUGUGCCACAUUCUGUAAGUAUACAUAAAUUUGUUGCUGGGUUGUGUCAGGGAGAGAGCAUGAAGUUAUUGUUGAGGGUUUUGAAUAGUCUAGCAAAAGGAAAUGCCAUUGAUGAAGAUACAUGGUUAAUGGUGGUCUCUAGGGUUUAUCAGGAAGAUAAUCAUAAACUGUCUAUUGCAUCUCAGCUUCUUGAUACUCUGCUGAUGUAGUGCUACACUGUUUGAGCUGGUUUGUAUAUAAUUCAUGCAACUAAAACAGAGUGAACA